AUGAAGCUCCCCACCACCACCCUGGCGCUCGCCACCGGCGCAGCAGCAGCAGCAGCCUCAUACCACCUGGACACCACGGCCCCGCCGCCGACCAACCUGAGCACCCUCCCCAACAACACCCUCUUCCACCUGUGGCGGCCGCGCGCGCACAUCCUGCCCGCCGAGGGCCAGAUCGGCGACCCCUGCGCGCACUACACCGACCCCUCCACCGGCCUCUUCCACGUCGGGUUCCUGCACGACGGGGACGGUAUCGCGGGCGCCACCACGGCCAACCUGGCUACCUACACCGACACCUCCGGCAACGGGAGCUUCCUGAUCCAGCCGGGCGGGAAGAACGACCCCGUCGCCGUGUUCGACGGCGCCGUCAUCCCCGUCGGCGUCAACAACACCCCCACCUUACUCUACACCUCCGUCUCCUUCCUGCCCAUCCACUGGUCCAUCCCCUACACCCGCGGCAGCGAGACGCAGUCGCUGGCCGUCGCGCGCGAUGGCGGCCGCCGCUUCGAGAAGCUCGACCAGGGUCCCGUCAUUGCCGACCAUCCCUUUGCCGUCGAUGUCACCGCGUUCCGUGAUCCGUUUGUCUUCCGCAGUGCCAGGUUGGAUGUGCUGUUGUCGUUGAAUGAAGAGGUGGCAGGGAAUGAGACGGCCGUGCAGCAGGCUGUCGAUGGCUGGACGGAGAAGAACGCCCCCUGGUAUGUCGCUGUCUCUGGUGGGGUGCACGGCGUCGGGCCCGCGCAGUUCCUCUACCGCCAGAACGGCGGGAAUGGUUCCGAGUUCCAGUACUGGGAGUACCUUGGGGAGUGGUGGCAGGAGGCGACCAACUCCAGCUGGGGCGAGGAGGGCACCUGGGCUGGGCGCUGGGGGUUCAAUUUCGAGACGGGGAAUGUGCUCUUCCUCACGGAGGAGGGCCAUGACCCCCAGACUGGCGAGGUGUUCGUCACCCUCGGCACGGAGGGGUCUGGCCUGCCCAUCGUGCCGCAGGUCUCUAGUAUCCAUGAUAUGCUGUGGGCGGCGGGUGAGGUCGGGGUUGGCAGUGAGGAGGAGGGUGCCAAGGUCGAGUUCUCCCCCUCCAUGGCCGGGUUUCUGGACUGGGGGUUCAGUGCCUACGCUGCGGCGGGCAAGGUGCUGCCGGCCAGCUCGGCGGUGUCGAAGACCAGCGGCGUGGAUGUGGAUCGGUAUGUCUCGUUCGUCUGGUUGACGGGCGACCAGUACGAGCAGGCGGACGGGUUCCCCACGGCCCAGCAGGGGUGGACGGGGUCGCUGCUGCUGCCGCGCGAGCUGAAGGUGCAGACGGUGGAGAACGUCGUCGACAACGAGCUGGUGCGCGAGGAGGGCGUGUCGUGGGUUGUGGGGGAGUCGAACAACAAGACGGCCACGCUGCGCACGCUGGGGAUCACGAUCGCCAGGGAGACCAAGGCGGCCCUGCUGGCCAACGGCUCGGUGACCACGGAGGAGGCCCGCACGUUGCAGACGGCGGCCGUCGUGCCGUUCGCGCAGUCGCCGGGCUCCAAGUUCUUCGUGCUGACGGCGCAGCUGGAGUUCCCCGCGAGCGCGCGCUCGUCCAACCUCCAGUCCGGGUUCGAGAUCCUGGCGUCCGAGCUGGAGCGCACGACCGUCUACUACCAGUUCAGCAAUGAGUCGCUGGUCGUCGACCGCAGCCAGACCAGUGCGGCGGCGCCCACGAACCCCGGGCUGGAUAGCUUUACUGAGUCCGGCAAGUUGCGGUUGUUCGAUGUGGUCGAGAACGGCCAGGAGAAGGUCGAGACGUUGGAUCUCACUGUCGUGGUGGAUAACUCGGUUGUCGAGGUGUAUGCCAACGGGCGCUUUGCGUUGAGCACCUGGGCGAGAUCGUGGUACGACAACUCCACCCAGAUCCGCUUCUUCCACAACGGCGAGGGCGAGGUGCAGUUCAAGAAUGUCUCUGUGUCGGAGGGGCUCUAUAACGCCUGGCCGGAGAGGAAUUGA